AUGGCUCCUAUGAUACCACUUCUAGUUGAGACACUCCUGGAUCUCCGUAGAAAGAAAGCUAGUCAAUAUGAGGCCAUUUCCGAAGUGGAUUUCGCUAUUAUGGUGGCUCGAUUGCAGAAAGGAGAAUUCCGAUUUCAUGCGAUGCGGCGCCUCCUCAUUCCUAAACCGAAAAAACCCGGGAGAUUUCGGCCUAUCACGAUACCGGACUCGAAGGAUGUUCUAGUAAUGGAUGCAGCUGCUGAACUAUUGAACGAGAUAUUUCGAUCAAUAUUCCUCGACUGUUCACACGGAUUCAUCAAGGGGAGGGGUACGUGGACGUUCUUUGCUUCAGUAGAGAGCUGGGGAUUGGUGAACCAUUUUGUGCAGGCUGACAUCGUAAGUUGCUUUGAUAUGAUCCCGCACGAUAAGUUGUUCACAUUACUGUCUCAGCAUAUAUCCGAAAGAGCAUUCAUAGGGCUUAUUCACAAUUUUCUCACUACCGACAUAUUUGAUAAAGAGGGACAAAAUUGUGGGAAUCGAGUAUCGGGGAUAGGCAUUCCCCAAGGUAGUUCACUCUCCCCCGUCCUUAUGAAUAUCUUUCUUCACAAAUUUGAUCAGGCCAUAUCGGAAUGGGUUUCCACCACCUAUCCCCUUAUUCGAUACGCGCGAUAUGCGGACGACUUUUUCAUUGGUAUAAAAGAAUCUUCCCAUGCAUUGGACCCCGAACCCAUUGUCUCUAUGGUCCGGAAGCUCAUGAAGGAUGAAUUGAGUUUGGAUCUCUCAAUUCGCGUGGCACAACGGGGCGAUCGCCCUCUAUCCUUAUUAGGAUUCCGCGUUUCGCUAGAUGAACGGGGCCAAAUACAUCUAAAUGCCCCAUUAAAGCGAAUUCGAACAAAACUGGAAUCCAAGCUCACGCCGCCCCAACGAACGGAGACAACCGGAGAAGUUGUUGCCUACUAUAACCAAAAGGUCAUCGCAUACUUGGCCGCUUAUUGUAUUGCCGAAAAUGGCGGGCGCUUUAAGGGGUUGCUCGAACGGUGUGUGCGACGUUGCUGCUUCAAGCAGUUGGGGAAUAUUAGCAAAACAUAUCUCUCCGCACUGAAGCAGAAAUAUGGGCAUCAGCUUCAAAGAACCACUCCCCCCUUUUUUGCAAAGAGAUUGACCGCCUCUUUACAAGAUGCUAUAACAGCUCGGAACGAACAUGGAUUGUCCCCCUGGAACGCAUUGAAUGGGAACGGAGUGUCCUCCGCAGUAACACGUGCAGAUACUGGAGCAUUCGGCGGAGUGGGGACAUAUGCAAAUGUGGAAACGGUGGGCUCGAACCGACUAUCCUCCGGGUGGGAGGGAGAGGUAGCUCCGGGUGGGAUAAAUAGGAUGAUGCAGAGGGAACGGUAG